CCACUACUGUGCAGGAGAAGCAAGCUCCUGGGGACCCUGACGUGGGAAGGAGGUAGUCCCUGGGUCAGGAACUCUGGGGGUUGAGAUCUCAGUAUCUGAUGCUGGUCUGGUUCAAAUGCUGGUCCUGCCACACAAAUGGGGGUGUGACGUGGGCAAGUCCUUUUACUCGUGGUGGCCCUGGUUCCUUAUCUGUAAGAGGGGACUAAUCUCAGCACUUCCUCAUAGGGUUUUUGGGAGAAGUCAAUGGCGUAAUGUACGUAACGUGCAGCACGGGCUGGUAUGCAGCGGGCUUGGCUUGGCGGCUGCUUCUUUCCCCAGCAUGGGCAGAAAUCCAGGGCAUGGCAUUCUCAGCUCAGCUUUCCCAGCCUAUUGUCUACAGUCCCUUCUCUGAAUGUGGAGUCGGGGCUCUAACCUCUGGGGCUGGCUCAAAACUAGUCACUGGCUGCAGGAAGCCUAGGUUUCUCCCCCUUGACCCAAGGGAGCUCUGGGCUGAUGUCUAUCUAGUGUAGCCCUGAUCCCAGACAGCUAUACCCUCUGCAUGGGGCCUCUCCCUCCCUCCCCCACAUCCCUGAAGACAUCUCUGCAGAGCUGUCCUUGACACUGAAAUCCCUACUCAAGAGAACAUCCUAAGGACCCAUCCUAAAGAGUCAGUGGGGCUGAGUCCACCCAUCCUCUUCUCAAGUCUCCUGGGCAUGUGGAUGCCGCUUGCUAGACGAACGCCCCGUGGAACACUCAGCAACUAGGGAGGGCUUCUGCUCUCUUGACCUUGGCCUCAUGUGCAUCAAACCUGUGCUCAGUUUCCUGUGAUGUGCUAAAAUAAACAUGCAUGUUGAUAUGACAGAGACUAGCCUGCAUGUACGCAGCAUGGGAGUCAGAAGGCCUGGCUGCUUGUCCUGCCUUGUGGGCAGGCGCCUGAGCAUGUACAUGGACGUGUGUGACACAUCUUAGAAUGACCUAUUUUGUCUGUAUCCAUUUAUCUUUCUACUCGUGUGCUGGUAUGUCCAUCUGUCUUGUCUCCUUUGUAGCCAGGAAGCCCCGAACCACGUGCCAACUGGGAAGGCGAUGGUCAGCGAGACCAGCCCGGCCUAAUCUGGGGCUCCUACUCCUGCACCAGGAGUCCUCCGACCUGCAGCCCCUGCCACGGAGGGAGGACUGGAUGUGGGAGGCGGGAUCUGAGGGGCAGGGACCUGGGUACACUGGUGGACAGGAGGCUCUUGUCCUGCUGUCCCCGUGACUGUGGUGGAAUCUUCACCCUUCUGGGUGCCUUCACUGACCUGGAAGAUCUGGGGUUGGACUGAUGACUCCUAGCCACCCUUGAGGAUCUGAGAGCUAACUGAGACUUUAAACCAGGGGUAGCAGUCUGUGCCAAGCCCCACUGAAUUCACUGGCAGAGGCAGCCACCUGCAGCCUAGCCUACAGGUCCUCGCUUGAUUCUGGGGUGUCGGGCCAAAGGGCAAGAGAAGAAGCCAUGCCAGGCAGUGGCCCCAGUGAGAGGAUGACAUGGCCUGGCCCUGCCCUCCCUACGCCCCCCACAACCCGCCCUCUCUCCUCAGCCCCGGGAACACCGCCCAUCCCACCGCUAACCAGGACUCGCAGCCUCAUGGCCAUGUCCCUGCCGGGAAGUAGACGAGCCUCUGCUGGUUCUCGAAGGCGCACUUCUCCACCUGUGAGUGUGCGGGACGCCUACGGCACCUCUUCCCUCAGCAGCAGCAGCAACUCUGGCUCCUGCAAGGGCAGUGACAGCAGCCCCACACCGAGGCGCUCCAUGAAGUAUACACUCUGCAGUGACAACCAUGGCAUCAAACCCCCCACCCCAGAGCAGUACCUGACUCCACUGCAGCAGAAGGAAGUUUGCAUCCGGCACCUGAAGGCCCGGCUCAAGGACACACAGGACCGGCUCCAGGACCGGGACACAGAGAUUGAUGACCUGAAGACUCAGCUGUCCCGCAUGCAGGAGGACUGGAUUGAAGAGGAGUGCCACCGUGUGGAAGCCCAGCUGGCUCUGAAAGAGGCCCGCAAGGAGAUCAGGCAGCUCAAGCAGGUCAUCGACACUGUCAAGAACAACCUGAUUGACAAGGACAAGGGGCUGCAGAAGUACUUUGUGGACAUCAAUAUCCAGAACAAGAAGCUAGAGACACUGCUGCACAGCAUGGAGGUAGCCCAGAACGGAAUAGCCAAGGAGGAAGGAACUGGGGAGUCGGCUGGUGGGUCCCCUGCACGCUCCCUCACCCGAAGCUCCACCUACACCAAGCUGAGUGACCCAGCUGUCUGUGGUGACCGCCAACCAGGGGAUCCCUCCAGCACCUCUGCUGAGGAUGGAGCUGACAGUGGAUUUGUGGCUGCUGACGACACACUGAGUCGGACGGACGCCCUGGAAGCCAGUAGCCUGCUGUCAUCAGGAGUGGACUGUGGCCUUGAGGAAGCCUCAUUGCACAGCUCCUUCAAUCUGGGCCCCCGAUUCCCUGCCAGCAACACCUAUGAGAAGCUGCUGUGUGGCAUGGAGGCUGGUGUGCAAGCCAGCUGCAUGCAGGAGCGAGCCAUCCAGACAGACUUCGUGCAGUACCAGCCUGACCUGGACACCAUCCUGGAGAAAGUAGGCCAGGCUCAGGUGUGUGGGACAGUCCCCAAGGACAGGCACUCAGCGCUGGAUCCCCACCUCUCAGGGCCCAGAGACCCCAACUCAGCAGUGGUGGUGACAGUAAGUGACGAGCCUGAGGCCCCAGAGUCCAUCACCUGUGGGCCAGCUACACAUCAGCCUGCAUCCAACUCCAACCCAGGGCUACCAGUGAGUGUGGUGUGUCCUGUGGAAGAGGAGGAGGAGGCAGCUGCCACUGAAAAGCAACCCAAGAGUUACUGGAGCCGUCACUACAUUGUGGAUCUGCUGGCUGUGGUGGUGCCAGCUGUGCCAACAGUGGCCUGGCUCUGCCGCUCCCAGAGGCGCCAGGGCCAGCCCAUUUACAAUAUCAGCUCCCUGCUGCGGGGCUGCUGCACGGUGGCCUUGCACUCCAUCCGUAGGAUCAGCUGCCGCUCACUGAGCCAGCCAAGCUCCAGCGCAGCAGAUGGCUCCCAGCUCUGAGGCUACCAGCCCUCCACUUCUGGCAGCCUGACCACUGAUUGUAGGAUGCCAUUUACUGCCCCUGUCAGAUCCCCAUGGCCAUCCUCUUAUUUACUUUCAGGUCUGAAAUAGCAUCCCCCACCCCAGAUGUUAAUAGUAUCAGGGAUUCAGAAAGGCAUUCCAAAGCUUCGAGAGAAAAAGUUGAAGGUAGAGCGGGAGAAACUGCUAAGAGUUUCCCCUCUGGCCCCCCAGACUUCAGACAAGGCAGGCCCUGCUCAGAAAGUCUCUGGCUGUGUUGAUCUGGGGAUCUUCCUUUCCCUUGCACCAUCCUUCCCAACACCCAGCACACUCCAUGUCUUCUCUCCCAGGCAACCCCUUGCCCUCUCCCAGGCUCCUGGACCAGUAUUACCUCCUCAGAUGGAGACAGCCAGGACCCAAAAUGCAGAGAACCACUCCAAGCAGGGUACCACUGCCCAGGUCCCACUGACAACUCCAUCCUCUCCUCCUCCCUUGCCGUGGGAUGCAGCUGGAAUGAUCAGCUCAGGCAGGAGGCGUAGAGAGCAGGGUAGGUUCUAUGUCUCUGUCUGUCUGUCCUCCAGGCCCUCACAGUCUGUUUUCCUCUUGGCUUCUGGGUGUGUGAGAUCGUCACUAGCUGUCCAAUGCCCCUCACUACUCCUGACACACUAACCAUGGGAUUGGGAGGGAGCCCUUACCCCAAACCCCAGCUUCCAUUGGGUGAAUCCGCUAGCACAGAGAAGGCAAGGCCAGCAGCGCUAGGGGCCCUUUACCUUCUGAGAUGAGUUCAUCUCAUCUGUAGCCUAGAGGUGCCUCAGCAAGUUGGGAAGUCAGAGGCCAUUUGCCCCAGGCCCUUUGACCUCAGACCCUAUGUUUGCACUCAAGUUCCCCUAGGGUCUUGGUUUCCUGCCCAUCCCAGAACCCCCAGGCUGUUUACUUUCUGGGAUGAGGGCUUCUGAAUCUCUGACCCAGUUGUCUCCAGAGGAAGGUAGCCAUCUGGAGGAAUCUCCAGAUGGUGUCCUGAAGCCACAGCAUCUGCCUAUCCAUGCCAAAACAGGGUCCCCUGGGUGUGCUUCCUAAGCAGGGGCAUGGCCAGGCAGUGGGAGCCUGCCUGGACUGCUCCUGGUCCAGUCAGCCUGGGAAGACGCCCUGAUACUCACUUCCCUUUUCUUCCCAGAGAGGCCAUACCUACCUGAGUGGCCCACACCCAGGAGUUGGUAGAAGCCUGCAUCUCACUCUGACAUAGGAGCCUCUCUGGUUCUCUGCUGAGGUCGCUGGCCCUCACUGUUGCCCCAGUGACCACUACUUGACUCAUGAGUUCUGCCCCUCCACUCUGUGCCCUCCCCAAGGGCACCUGCAUGCACCGCGAGUGGGCAGCCAGCCUAGCCAUCAGGGCAAGAGCCCUCUGCCAUGCGCUUUGUGCCUCCAAAACUCUCUCACCUUGGCUGGGGCCUCAGACCAGCCAUCCUUGGUGGAGCACCCCUACCCCAGCUGAACCAAACCCAAAUGCCUGAGGCCUCGCUGGGGCUGCCCCAUAGGACACUGGGGUGGUGCCAUGGAGACAGGGGAUAGAACUGAUCCAAAGCCAAGCCAGGACUGGCCACGGACCGAGCCUCCUUGUGCUGUGCACUCAUGGAGCUCCAUAUGUCUCCUUAGCAACAGCUGAAGCUCUGCUGAGAAAAUAAAUGUAUGAACUAUAUUUGACAACAUAAAAAUCCAUAUAUUUUUCACCACUGGCAUUUAGUCCAACUUUGCAUCCCCUCUGUUCCAUGUCUUGCUGUCUGGGCCUUCUUGUUGUGUCUCGUGUUUUGGUGGACUUGGGCAGGGCUAGGACUAUGGUCCACUCUGUUCCUGCUGCUGGAGAAGCCAUUGUGAAGCAUCCAGGUCUGUAGAGACAGUAAGUGAAACUGACCAUCACCCGCGCUGACCCUAGCCCUGCCUCGCCUACAGCAGAGGUCCUCUUUUGUGAGUUCUGCCUAUCAGAAGGGCUCUGGCUCCUUGCCAGUGGAAUGAGCAGGACAUUACCCAGCCCUUGGAUGACCCUGGAUCCCUGCAGGCCGGGGUACAGGCCCUGCUCCUAAGUGUAAAUGAGCCCAGAGUCCCAUGCCUGUACAAGGGAGUUGCAAUGUCUGUGCAACCCCACAAAGUGGGCUUGGAAGUAGACACUUCAGCAGCCUGCUGGUUCCAUAUCUGGAGAAGGGGAUUGAGAGCGAGGUGGGACUGGGCUAGGCUCCCCUUUAGAUGCUCAUUCCCAAAGCUCCCCCAUUUUCUUCCAGUUGGCCACUCCCCAUAGGCUGCGAUUUGCCCUCUUGCCCUUGGCUCCUGGAGCAGAAAUGUGUAGGGUGCCCCUUUCCCCUGCCUCCAGUCAGAGCUGACAAGGUCUUGAGGAAGUGUCCCCAGGAACUACCUUCUAUAGCUACUGAGCCCUGGGAGCACAGUGGCUUGCAGUAGUGGCUUCUUAGUUCUGGAGCCCUCUGUCAGGGCUCAGUGAGGACUUCUGAACAGAGGCAGCCUCGAGCAGAGUUCAUGACCAAUGUCUCAAGCAGCUAGCAUACAGAGCUUUUCACUAAGAACCCUUUCCAUCUUCACAGGCAUCGGACAGCAGAUCCCAGGCUCUAGGGCCAAAGGCUAUUUAUUGAGGGGCCUCCACCCAGGGAACUCGAAGCCCCUCUGAACUAGAUGACAACACAAACAGGCCAUCAUACACUCUCACAUUAGGCUAUUCCCUUGGCAGAAACUUCAGGAGACACAGGAGGGGGGCCAUGGGAAGGGGUUUUGACUCUCGGUCUCCUUUGUCUUUUUGUUCAGACAGAGUUGUGCCUGUAGCAGACAGCCCUGAAUUAAAGCAUGAACACACACACA